AUGGUGGUGAAAGAGAAUGGCCAAGUGACAGAUGUCACGACCAAAACAAAUGGCGGAACGGAUCUUGAAAAGCCACGGAAGAAGGGCUUCGUACGGUGGACAAUCGGACUUGUCGUGAGGCUAUGUAUCUGGUACGCACUCGUGUCGCCAUUCCUCCGAUGCCCAUCCCACCUCGAAGACCUCACGGAAACAUCGCCUCGAGUCUGCAAGCCUUACCUGAUUGCUCGUUCGCAUGUGGAACCUUAUGUGACCCCAUAUUAUGAUAUUUAUGCGGCGCCUUACGUUGACCAGGCCCGACCAUACGGAGAGGUGUUUAAUCAGCGAGUUUAUACCCCGGCAUCGAAGGUUGCAAAAUCAGGAUAUGAAAAAUAUGGGGCGCCGGCAUUGAAGCAAGCUCAGGCAUAUGGAGUUGAGCAAUGGCAACAUCAAGUCACUCCAAGGCUACAUUCUGCUCAAAAUAAGGUGCACCGGCUUUAUUUGGCCGAGGUCGAUCCCUAUGUCCAGAAAUGCGUUGCUGUUGUCUCUCCAUAUUACCAGAGGGCCAACGAUGUUGUGCUCACUGUUUACCAGGGCCACCUGGUACCUUUCUACGCCCGUUCCAAGCCUUUCAUCGGGAAAGCUUACUCCACGGGCCGGGAUAUUUUGACAACCCACAUCAUGCCCCGGGCGCAGUAUACCUGGUCAUCCGCGGUCUACUAUGCUAACAGCUCACUAUGGCCUCACGUUACUGGUCUUUACUCUGAGCAAGUGGAACCCCAGCUGGUCAAGAUUGGCCAGCGGUUGGCAAGCUACAGGGAGGGCAAGCGACUUCGCGCUGUCAUAGAGGACGUGGAUAGCAGCUCAACCGUGCAACCCGUUACCUCCUCGGCCACCAAGUCACAAGAACAAAUUCACACUGAGACCACUGUUACUUCAACCUCUGUGCCCCCGCCUCCUGCCCAACCCACUCUGACUCCUACCGAGCAAGCGCAGCAAGCCCGUGAGAAGAUAGAUUCGGACCUUGAACGGUGGCAGGGAAAGUUCGCUCUCGCAGCUGACAAAGGCAUUGAAGACCUUGAGGAACGUAUUCGGGAAAUCGUGUCCGCCCUGAUUUCAAGCAGCGCGAACGGCCACGGCCAGAGCCUUUCUACCGCGCUUCAGUCGGUUUCCGCUGAGCAGAUUUCCUCGAUAAAGCAACGGAUCAAUGAACUUGCGGAUUCAAUGCCAGAGGAGGACGCCCCAGAGAUCGAGAAGUCUACUAGCGACUUGCUGGUUCGGGAUAUUCGAACUUCUGCAAUCUCUGUGAGAGACCGUGCCCAUGCACUCCGAGAGUGGUCUAUCUCGUUUGAGGACGAACUUGUUCGCCGAGUCACUGCUGCUCUCAAUUCGACACUGAAUGUCCUUGACAGCAUUCGUGAUCUCGGUCUACAGGAGAUUGGCAUGCGCUGGGCGUGGAUGGAUGGUGUCACAUACAAGGAUUGGGCGAAGUACCAUGCCCUCAAAGCCCAACUCGAAGAAUGGGGCAACGAGAUCCGAAAUAUCGGCAUGAACCACAAAUCCGUAUCAGACGCUAGAGCCGUGGCAAGUGACAUCAUGGACCAGGGAAUGCAUGAAGCCGAACAAGCUGCCAGAGAACUUGUCCGGUUGAAGGAUGUUGGAAUCUGGAAGAUUGCCGCUCGUGAUGUAAGCGAUAAUUUCGAAACUCGCACUGAAGCCCCGCCGGCGAGACCAAAGCCCCAGGAGAUUGAGGAACCUGACCAAGAGGCCGCCAAGGUGGAUUUCGACCACGAUGAGUAUUCUGAUAAGGUGGCAGCACCAACAUCCGAUGACGCUUACGAGGAAACUCACUCGACCGAGGCACCUUCCCCAGCUGUCGAUACUGAAGCGGAUUUUGAUGACGCUGAUGAGUCUGUUAUGAAUGAUGAUAUCGUGGUGGAAGAGCAGCCCUCCGCAAGAUCCACCUUUGGUGUUGCGGCUGCCGAUGCAAAUUCGCAUCAAGCACCUAUCAUAGAUGACGAGAGCCACGAUGUCCUGGACAGUCUGGCCAGCAAGGCCAGCGAUACUUACGCCGAUGUGAGCAAUGCUGUCAGUGAAGCUAUCUACGCUGCAUCGACAACCCCUGGAGUCGGUGAGAAGGCAGCAUCAGUGGCCAGUGAACGGUACUCUCUUGCCUGGUCCGCCGCCUCUACCGUUAUCCAUGGCACUCCUCUGAGCCCGGGAGAGCAGGUUUCUAGUGUCGCCUCUGAAAAAUAUAGCGAGGCUGUAGCCGCUGCGUCGUCGGUCAUCUAUGGCACCCCAACACCGAUUGUCCAAUCUUUGAUGGGUGGAGCCAGCUCAGCACUUGCUGAUUCCACGGAUCAAGCUAAAGUACUCUAUGAGAUCGCGAAGUCUCAAGUUCUUGGCCAAAUGGCUGAAUCUAGCGCUCCUGCUCAUGCCCAGCUCCUAGCUUCCAUAGAGUCGGCCUAUUCUGGGUCUUUAAAAUAUGCCACAGAUGAGCUGGAGUCGAAGCUCUGCGCUGUUCGUGCUACCCCGACGCCAUCCAACGCUGGUCCUCUGGGUCAAAUUUCAUCCAUCGCGUCUUCCCGACUAAAUCAGGGACUGAGUUUAGCAUCCGAACAACUAGCUCAAGUGCAGCCACCAGCGACAACAGACAGUCUUCCUCAGGGAGGCCUCCAGCCAUUCGUCCUUGAUGCGCAGCGUCGCUACUACGAGGCAGUUGGGCUGGCCCACGACCACUACUCUGCUUUUGUCUCUACAGCAUCUGGAGCGGUCUAUGGUUCUCCAACCCCCACACCGGUCGGAACCUUCAAGGGAAUCGUUGAGGAAGCUGGGUCUCAAUACGAGCACGCUUCCUCGUUGGCUUCUGCCAGUCUUGCCGCUGUCGUCGCAUCGGCAAGUUCAGUCAUCUCUUCUGGGGAUGGCGGCAAAGUACAAAGUGUUAUUGAUGAUGCUUCGUCCAGAUACAAUGCUGCCCUCUCUGUGGCUUCUUCCUCUCUAUCUGUGGCUUCCAUUUCGGCCAGCUCAGCUAUCUAUGGAACUUCCACCGGCCCUGUAGAGUCUCUUCCCAGUCAAGUAUCCGAAAACUGGGAAAAUCUCAUCUCGAAAGCCAGCGAGCAGAUCUACGGUGCACCAACGCCGUAUCUGCAACACGUAGUGAACAACGGACGUCCGCAGUUUGAGGCAAUCCAAGAACUCGUAUCUGAACUGAUUGUGGGCAAGCAACCUUCAUUUACCGAGAGCGUGCUGAGCAAGCUGCACGCCGCAUACGAGACGCCGUACCCAGCUGCAGCUGUCUCCUCUGCCUCUAGCUACAUCAACCAAGCUUACGGAUCUGCGUCCUCCGCUGCUGCUUCUAUCGUUUCAGAAGCCCCGAAUGUAGAGGACAUCAUUCAACGCGCGGAAGACCAACUCCAUGCUGCUGUCCAAGCUGCUAGCGCUGGUAUCUACGAAACCCCCAAGGGUUCCUACGAAAAAGCCACCGAAGCCGCAGCCGAUGCCUACUCAACGGCUUCCGCUCAGAUCAGUAGUGCUGUUUACGGCAAGGAAUCUAGUUACAUCGAUAGCGCCAAUGAUGCCAUUGAGAAUAUCCAAUCCAAAGCCAGCACCGCUGUCUACGGCGAGGAACCCAACGCAAUGGAGAGUGCAGGUACCCGUCUCAUUGGAGCCCUUGAAAGCGCCAAUUCUCAGCUGGCUCAUCUAGCCGCCAGCUAUGGCAGCGUUGCGUCCGAAGCAGUCGAGACCGCCACAUCCUACGUUGAAGAUACAACAAGCAGCAUUAAGAGUGCUGCAGCCAAAGAUGAACUCUGA